UUCACACUCUCCAAGGUACCAAAGAUUUUGGCCUAUUUCAGAACCCGGACGCCAAUCAUUCUUUGCCAACUUUUUCAUCAAUACUACAACUCUUAAGAAACUCAAAAAUGGCUACCUCUGUUUCUACAACUUUUGGAGCUGUUAACAGAGCAGUGUUGAAUGUAAACGGUUCCAGUGCAGGGCUCUCUGUUCUAAGCACGAAUUUCUUUGGGAACAGUCUGAAAAAGGUGAACUCAAGAUCCAACAACUCCAAGAUUUCAUCCAGGAGCAUUAAGGUUGUUGCAGAGGUAGACGAGAAGAAACAGACCGACCAGGACAGAUGGAAGGGCCUUGUGACCGAUAUAUCCGACGACCAGCAGGACAUCACCAGAGGAAAGGGAAUGGUCGACACCCUUUUCCAGGCUCCUACGGGAGCUGGCACCCAUGAUCCUGUUUUGAGUUCCUAUGAGUAUCUCAGUGCUGGUCUGCGACAAUACGAAUUUGAUAAUAACAUGGAUGGAUACUACAUUGCCCCGGCAUUCAUGGACAAGUUAGUCGUUCACAUUGCUAAAAACUUCAUGAACCUGCCAAACAUCAAGGUUCCUCUCAUCCUGGGCAUCUGGGGAGGUAAGGGUCAGGGGAAAUCAUUCCAGUGUGAGCUUGUUUUUGCAAAACUGGGAAUCAACCCCAUUAUGAUGAGCGCGGGAGAACUGGAAAGUGGAAAUGCUGGAGAGCCUGCGAAAUUGAUCAGGCAAAGAUACCGUGAGGCUGCAGACAGAAUUGCAAAGGGGAAAAUGUGUGUGCUCUUUAUUAAUGAUCUUGAUGCAGGUGCCGGUAGGCUUGGAGGAACCACGCAAUAUACAGUCAACAACCAGAUGGUGAAUGCUACCCUUAUGAAUAUUGCUGAUAAUCCAACUAAUGUUCAACUCCCUGGAAUGUACAACAAACAGGAAAAUCCUCGAGUCCCAAUCAUAGUCACUGGGAAUGACUUCUCAACUCUGUAUGCUCCCCUCAUUCGUGACGGCCGUAUGGAGAAAUUCUACUGGGCUCCUACCAGAGAAGACAGAAUUGGUGUUUGUACUGGUAUCUUCCGAACGGACAAUGUUCCGAAAGAAGACAUUGUGAAGCUUGUUGACACUUUCCCUGGACAAUCUAUUGACUUCUUUGGUGCUCUCAGAGCCAGAGUAUACGAUGAUGAAGUGAGGAAAUGGAUUGCAAGUGUAGGAGUGGAAAACAUAGGGAAAAAGCUCGUAAAUUCCAGGGAGAAACUUCCAGAAUUCGAGCAACCAAAAAUGACUCUUGCUAAGCUCCUUGAGUAUGGCAACAUGCUUGUUCAAGAGCAAGAAAACGUAAAGAGAGUGCAAUUAUCCGACAAGUACUUGAAGGAGGCAGCCCUGGGCGACGCAAACGAGGAUGCCAUCAAGAAUGGAUCUUUCUAUGGAAAAGCAGCACAGCAAGUUCCAGUUCCUGUUCCUGAAGGCUGCACUGAUCCUAAUGCAGAAAACUUUGAUCCAACUGCAAGGAGUGAUGAUGGAAGUUGUGUUUACAACUAAACCCCAAUUGUUUAGUUUGCAGUAUACUAGUAUAAUGUAAUUUACUCCGGACAUAUAUGUAAGAGUUGCUAGUCAAUAUAGACUAAACUAUGCCUAAAAGAUUAGCAUGUUUUGUC